UCUUCUUUAAUGCAUCCAGAGGAAAUGACAAACCAGAGGCGCUCUGUGGGCAGGCAUGUCAAAUAUUAAAACUGAUCCUGGGCUUUAGCCUCAGCCGUUCAGCCUUAACUCAAAUGUGAAUGCGCUAAGUGGACAUCUGCGGUCCCGCUCGUUACUCUGCGGACGCCCCGGCGGUGAGGGGCUGGAGUGGACUCGCUGAAUGGACGUCGAUGGACUGGACUGACAUCCACUUCAGUCGGACCGAGCGAGGGAGCGAAAGAGAGCUCUGCAUGUUCAAGUUUCCUGCUCCAAACAGAGCGGCAUCGCGGUGUGCGUGUUGGAUGCGUGUGGAAGUGCGUGUUGGGUGCACAGCGCCCGCAGAAGCUGGAGCUGGAGCGGCGGCGGCGGCGGUGGUGGUGCUGGAGGUGGAGCGAAGUUUAACGCCGUGAUUUUCUCUCUUAUUUUUUUUUUUUGUUUGUUUGUUUGUUUUUUUUAUUUUUCGCUCGAUUCCCUCCGAUUCUGUUGUGUCGCCAUAAUGUCCCGUAAGUGGACAGGUGGGCUAACGUUUCCCCGAUGAAAACGGAUCAUCUGUGCAGAGGCUCAGUGAUCGUGACUGUGAUGAUGAUGUCGAGUAAGAGCGUGGAGUGGCUGCAGGACGAGCUGGAGUCCGGGGCCGGCGCGCUGCUGCUGCUGGACUGUAGACCCCAUGAGCUGUACGAGUCGUCGCACAUUGAGUCUGCUAUCAACCUGGCCAUCCCGGGCCUCAUGCUGCGGAGGCUGAAGAAGGGCAACCUCCCCAUCCGCUCCAUCAUCCCCAACAACGAGGACAAGGAGAAAUUCGUCAAGCGGUGCAAGACGGACGUGGUUCUCCUGUACGACGAGGCGACGUCGGAGCGACAUGAGUCCGGGCUGGGGAGCUCCGUGAUGGGGCUGCUGCUGCAGAAGCUGCGGGACGACGGUUGCAAGGCUUUCUAUCUGGAGGGAGGAUUCAACAAAUUCCAGUCCGAGUAUCCAGAACAUUGUGAGACCAAUCUGGACUGCUCGUGCCCCAGCAGCUCGCCGCCGACCUCGGUCCUGGGCCUGGGCGGACUCCGCAUCAGCUCUGACUGUUCGGACGGAGAGUCCGACCGAGAGCCGAGCAGCGCCACGGAGUCGGAGGGCAGCCCGCUCCCCAACAACCAGCCCGCCUUCCCCGUCCAGAUCCUGCCGUACCUUUACCUGGGCUGUGCCAAAGACUCUGCAAACCUGGAUGUGCUCAGCAAGUACAACAUCAAGUACAUCCUGAACGUCACGCCCAACCUGCCCAACAUGUUCGAGCACGAGGGAGACUUCAAGUACAAACAGAUCCCCAUCUCCGAUCACUGGAGCCAGAACCUCUCGCAGUUUUUCCCCGAGGCCAUUUCAUUUAUUGACGAGGCUCGUUCCAAAAAGUGCGGCAUCCUGGUCCACUGCUUGGCCGGGAUUAGCCGUUCGGUCACCGUUACUGUGGCCUACCUGAUGCAGAAGCUCAACCUGUCACUCAACGACGCCUACGACUUCGUCAAGCGGAAAAAGUCCAACAUUUCCCCCAACUUCAACUUCAUGGGCCAGCUCCUGGACUUUGAGCGGACGCUGGGCCUCAACAGCCCCUGCGACAACCGCGCCACUUCCCCGCAGCACGACCAGCUCUUCUUCACCACCCCGACCAAUCACAACGUGUUUCAGCUGGACACACUGGAGUCCACUUGAGAGUAUGACUUGAGACUGUCCCAACCCCCUCUCUUUUUUUAAGAGGUAGGAGGUAACGAGCGGCUGCAGUGGGAGGAGAGCAGCCGGUUUUAUUGAAAGUUUUCGCCUCCUGAGGCUCCUGCUCCGAGAGCCUGGCCACAGAGCUGCUCUGGAGCGACCGGAGGGGUCACUGAAGCCAAGUUUAAGAAGAUGUGAGAGGAGUUUCUUUAACCCAGAGCAGUGGACUGUGGGUUUACACCUGAGCUGUCAAGGCUCGACUAAGUUGACUGAACGACCACAGCAGAACUGACAGCUUAAUACAAAGAAAGGAACAUGGAGGAUCCACAGAGACGACGGCAUUGCCAGUGUCAUGCUGAGCUUGUUGGCGUCUUGUGGAGAAUCUGGGAUUUACUUGCUCUACUAAAUGUAGAGUUUUUUUAAAACCAAGGAAUUAACACACACACACCCAUACACGCACACUUAAAAAAGUAUGUAAGUUUGUACUGUAUGUAACGUACAUAGCAGACCAUGUAUGAGAAGUCCUUAACAAAUUCAAUAUGUCAAUAUGCAUUUUUGUAUAUUUUUAUGUACAUUUACGCACAGAUCUGUAUGUUUAUAUAAUUAUAUACUCUUUAUCUUUGUCCAAAAACAAAGUGAUUCAAUCUGAAAAUGGCUUAAGAGAUUGUAAAACUAAAGAAAGGGAAGAGUUGUUGGAGUUUGUUCCCCCCCCCCAGACUCAUUUUGAAUUUUUUGCGACACAAUGCAGUUUGCACAGUGGUGUAGCCGACGUAGACGUGCUGGCACUUGAUAAAGAGACAUUCAGAGAGGAGGAAGAGCAGACAGAGGAGAGGCCAGUCCCAGGCUGCGACGAGUCCGGACAGCUGCGCAGUUCAGUGGGGAGGGAACGGGGACCUGGAGUCCUAGACUGAGGUCGGGGGUCUGAGUGAAGGUUGGAAGUUGGCUUUGCCUCCUUCCCUCCCCAUAUCACUGCUCAUUCGGCUGCCGGUGAGGAGCCACGGGGUUGUGUCCACCAGCUUAGUCGUUUCAGCGAGAAACCAAACUCUUUUGAACUUAUUUCCGUUAUUGCAUCACAAGCUUGUUUUGCCAAAACUGGUCUCUGCCCGCUCAGACUCUCGUGUUUUUCUUUUUGGAAACUUCCCUGAGAGCAAAAGGAGGAAGUGAUUAACGGUUCAGAGCAACUUUUUUGGGCACCUUAUCUGAGCGGUCUCACUUUUGCCAAAAAGGACACCAAGAAGAGGGACAGCGGGGGCGUAAUCUGGUGUUUGUGUUGUGGACUGGGACCGGCCUCAGAGACAGACUGCACUAACUGUCCCUUCACUGCAUUAAGGGGCAUCCAAGGAGAAUAGUUCUUAGUAAGGAUCACCCAUUUCAUUAAAGAUAGUUUUAAGCUUUGGCUGUAUCACCAGAGAGAUAUAUUAAUAGUGAAAAGGGAAUUUAUAUAUUACAGGUAUUAAACAAAUGGAUCUUAUUUUGUAUACCUGAGCAUGCUGUGGUGCUGUGUGCUCUCUAAUAGUCUUUGUAACAAAGGGUUGGAUGUUGCUUUAAAAUGUGGAAGGACUUUUUGUUUUCAGAGUAUAAAUGGCUUUCUGGGACAACAUGCACAUCUGCUACGCUUAGAGGAAGUGCUAAAGUAAAAAAAAAACAACAACAACAACAACAACUGAGAAUUAAGACAAAUUCCCAACAAAUGGCUCUAUUCUGCUUGCAAAUUAUUUCCUUCAUUCUUUGAGUCAAUUUGGACACAGGAUAACAUCUUAGCAUACACCAUGCCAUUCAACAUAAGGUUCUAAUCAUCUUAUCUUAAGAUUUAGACCAAAAGAAGUGAAAUAAAGCAGCUAUUUCUGCUUUAGCUUUUAAUCUACCAAAUGCCACACAGCUAGGUUUAUUUGACCAAGGGAAAAAUAGUCUGUGUAAUCAUGGAGUCAUUUUUAAUCGCACGCAAAGCUGAAAGCCAAAUAAUCAGAGCUAAAACAAGGCAGUCAUCAGAUUUUAAAAGCUAAAAGUAGACAGGAAAUGUUUAAUUAACUAAUCCUUCCUUUAUUUCUGGAGAUCCACCAAUCACGUUUUUCUGACUUCUUUAAGGUCAAACUUCAGUGCCAAUUGUGACCAAUGAAGAUUUUUUUUCUUUCUUUCUUGUUUCAUCCCCACAGCAUGAUUCUCCCACCACCGGGUUUCACAAAAUGCAAACAUUUUCAUACCAAAUAAUAUACUAUAUUUUCUCUGACUAAUUUAUAGUCUAGCUUACAGAUUCAAAGUCUUGUAAAACCACAUGACCAUUUAGAGUUGACAUUUUCAUUUUAGCUGUCUUGUAACUUCAGAGCUUGCAACUGAAUGCAACAUUUAGAAAAUGAUAACAGGUUGUAUUAUGUGGACACAUUUAAAAAACAAAAACAGUACUCUAUUGGCCAUAAUUCUUCAGUUUUUUUUUCUUUACUCUUUCCUUUCUUUCAUCUGGGCUUUUAUAUUCCUUUGCGGAAAAUGAAUCACAACCAAAAAUGAGGUUUCAAAUUUCUGAGCAGAGCCAUUCAAAGUAAAAUUUACCCUCUUCAACUCUGGCCUGACCAAUUGGUGCAUCUCUUUUCACUUAGCUGAUGAUUUAAAGCAAAUUUUCAUAAAAUAAAGUACAGGAUGUUUAAAUCCAAAGUGAUUCUCUCAUUUUUCCAUGAAGCCCAGCGUCUAUCAGUACCUGAUUGUCAAAGAGCAGAUGUGGACGGGGUCUCUGUGGGAAGCAGCAUUUGGAUCUCCUCGUUGGUUUAAAGCUGGCCUUAUAUAACCUUUCUAACGCUGACUGUUCAAUACUCUUGUAAUCGCACUUAUUAAAAAACAUUUCUCUGUUAUUUUAAUUUUUUUUAUAGGAAUACGGUAAUGGUAGAGAGGCACGCUGCCUUCUUACCGUAACGGGUCACACGAGGUCCUCUUUGUUACUCUGCAGUAUAUCAGAACACCUUGUUUUUGCAGGAUUUUGUACAUCUACGACCUCAGUGUUUUUAAAUUCCUCUCCUUUUGUACGAUACCUGCUCUGUGUAACUGUUCAGGAUCCAGCGGGGUCAUGAGCUUUUGAACUGAAGCACCAUUUCACCUGGUGCAAAUGUGUCCAUCAUCAGAGGCCAUUGCAAACACACACACACACACACACGCCUGCAUACACACCCAAAGCUUUGCACAGCCAGAGCUGUGCUUCAGCAUGCCAGUAUUUGUCUCAACACCCAGCUUAAAUAAUUACAAAUGUUUUCUUUUUCCUCAUAUUUUGAUAUAACAUGCUAUUCCGGUGGCCUUUCAAUAUGAAUAUACUGUAUAAUCUCAGUAUAUGUAUACAUUUUGAAUUUAUAUGCAAAGUUGAUCUCAUAUUACGAAUACAAUACGAUCGAGGUUCCUUGUUUGGAUUCGUAUCCCAUUUACUAUAAAACGGUGAGCAGCAAGAACUUGAUCAUUUGCACCCGAGGACAGGAAUAUUUCAAGGCGCAGCUUUUCUAUUUAAAGAGAACACGGUUUAUUUCGAGCUGCUUUCUUCUGGAUAGUGUUUGUGUGUGCGUGUGGGUGUGUGUGUGUGUGUGUGUGUCUUUCUAACAUCAAAAGAGAAAUAGAGUCAUUUUCUCUGUUUCUAAAUUUCCCAGAUCAUGGGAACGGACGUUUCUGUGUCCUUAAACUUGUAGCUACAGUACAUGCGCUUGAGAGAGGAAGGUUGUGUAAAAAAAUCGAGAGCGGAUAGAGGAGCGGGAGGAGGCAGUGCCACGAUAAAACAAAAUGAAAGGAGGAGUGAAUGACUUGAUAAAUGUUACCUCAGUGAGGAAUUCUUCAGGGAUAUUGUUUUUUUGUUUUCUUUUUGGACAAUGCAUCUUGCAUCGUGUUACAGCUUAAAAGUCACGUUGAAUAGCUGUUUUAUUUUGUGCUGUAAGCGUUUUUUUUUUUUAAAUAAGGAUUAAAAAAAAAGAUGCAAUCUGUCUCUGUAUAAAAAGGACGGGCAUGUUAACCAGGGCAGUUUCACCUUUCUGUCUACUGAGAGAAAAGUGAUUGACCCUACGUAUUGUACAGUGUAUGGAAGCAACUCAAGACAUGUUUAUACAGCAAAUAAAUCUUGAAAUAUUUUUUUCUUUAA